CGCGACUCGCGACGUGUCCGCCUGACAUUAUAUCUCACUAAAAAUCUCAAAAAUUAAAAAAAGGGGGAAAAUGGUUCUCUGCUGUUGUUGAAUCGCCGCCAGCACGCAACCCCUCUCUGCCUCUGCCUCUGAUGGUUCAUGAGCCACGAAGUCUCCUCCUGUUGUUGAAUCACUUUCCUUACGCAACCAAACCAUUGGUAAUACGAUACGAUUAAGGUAUUCUUCCAUGGCGGCCGGCGACUGUUCCUAGAGGACGGGGAUUACCUUUCUCUGACGCAGCAAUGGUGAGAAAGUGGAGACCCUGAUUGAGCCAGCUGCCUUUCUUUGCUAUCCCCCCCAAGGCCCAAUUGUAUUAGUUUCAUUCCCCCUCUUCUAAUAAUAUUGAGGGAUCUGGUAGCGAGAAUAAGGGUGAGAAAAUGUAUGUGGUUCCUCAACCACAGGUUUCCGAUCCGAACGCCGAUGGUUCCCAGACGCUUAGGACUUACCAAACUUGGAAAGGAAGCAAUAUUUUCUUUCUUCAAGGAAGGUUUAUAUUUGGUCCCGAUGUCAGAUCACUGGCGCUAACCAUAUUCCUUAUUGCUGCUCCUGCCAUAGUUUUCUGCGUCUUUGUUGCCAGAGAACUGAUUGAUUACUUUGGAAUAUCAAUACUGGUUGUUGCUGCUGCAUUCACAUUAUAUGUUUUAGUUCUUCUUCUGCUAACCUCUGGACGAGAUCCUGGUAUUAUACCUCGCAAUAUACACCCUCCAGAACCAGAAGGCUCUGAUGGGAAUGCUGAAGUUGGGGGUGGCCAGACUCCGCAGAUACGUUUGCCUCGCAUGAAGGAUGUUGUGGUUAAUGGUAUCACUGUUAAGAUCAAGUACUGCGAUACAUGCAUGCUUUAUAGGCCUCCUCGCUGUUCACACUGUUCAAUCUGCAACAACUGUGUUGAGCGAUUUGACCACCACUGUCCCUGGGUUGGACAGUGUAUUGGGCUGCGAAACUAUAGGUUCUUUUUCAUGUUUGUCUUCUCAACGACUCUUCUUUGCUUAUAUGUAUUUGGAUUCUGCUGGGUCUACAUCAAGAAGGUCAUGGAUUCUGAUAACAUAUCAAUAUGGAAAGCAAUGACAAAGACCCCUGCGUCCAUUGUGCUUAUAGUAUACACCUUCAUAUCAGUCUGGUUUGUUGGUGGCCUUACUGUGUUCCAUUUAUAUCUCAUUAGCACAAACCAGACCACUUAUGAGAAUUUCAGAUACCGAUAUGAUCGGCGAGACAACCCAUAUAACAAGGGAGUGGUGGAUAACUUCAAGGAAAUAUUCUUCACCAGCAUUCGCCCAUCUAAGAACAAUUUCAGGGCCAAGGUUCCACAGGAGCCGGUAUUGCUACCACGCGCUGUAAGUGGGGGUUUUGUUGGUUCAAACAUGGGUAAAGCUGUAGGAGAUAUAGAAAUGGGUAGGAAGCCAGUCUGGGGAGAAUCUGGUGCUGGGUUUGAUGAUUUUGAUGGGUCUCUCAGCCGCAACAGUGUCUUGGACAGCAAGGAUGGCGGGUUUGGUGAUGCAUCCCCAGAUUUAAGUAGGACUGUUCCUGCAGAUGCUACAGAGGGGCAUGCACAACAUCCCCGAAGCUCUAGUUGGGGUAGGAGAAGUGGGAGCUGGGAAUUAUCAUCUGAAGUUCUUGAUUUGGCAGCAGGUGAGUCUAAUCGGAUUGGUGGUGACAGCCAAACAGCCGGGAAACGGCAUUCUUGAAUAGGAUCUAAGCUCUGAUAAAGGAAACACGAAACCGGUGAGGGCAAAGAAGCAUUUAAGGGUUUGCAGUGGGUGUGGAAUGUGGUGUUUUGAAUGUUUAAUGCUUUCUCGGCCACCAGCAUCAGUAAAUUGAUCCACGUUGCUAGUGACGGCUGAUGGCAACUUGACUGUCUGGAACUAUCAUGUUCUACUUCAAAUUUGUUGCUUUGAGAUACAGAAUGGAAAGGUUAAUAGGAGGAAGCGCCUUUUAUCAAUUUCCAUGUUAUUGUUGUGUGCUCUUUUUGUGUGGUACUUGCAUGGUUGGGAUCAAUGGUGGUUGGAAUCGCUGCAAUUGUAUUUUCUGGGAAGGAAUCGUGUGCCACUACGAGCAGUUACUUUUCCUCAACUCGUCUUGGUUGGGCAGCACUUGUAAAGAUUGUUCAUUUUUUUUUUCUUUUUUGUGCGUGUGUGAUUUUGGAUUCUCUGUUACGUGUUAUUAGUGAUGUAAAUUGAAUAAUCAUCUUCUCUUCCCAAUAUCUCGUACUGAAGAUUACAGUUUCAGUCAAGAAUUUGCAA